AUGCUGCUGCCGGGCUGCUACAGGCGCGGCGCGGCGAGCGGCGGGGGAGGAGCCGCCACCCGGAGGUGCCGCCGGCUGGGCCGGGCGGGGAAGGGACGGGAGGGGAGGAGAGGAGAGGGCCCUCAGGGUUGCGCCGCGCCGCUCAACUCCUCCCCUGUCCGCCUCUCCCCUCCCGCGCAGACGUGGCACCACGCCGGGGAGUGGUGGUCACAGUCGCAGGUGCACUUCAGGAGCCGUAGCUUGCCGAAGAGGGGCAGGGAAGACAGCUGGGGACGGGGGAGCCCCGGAGACAGAGGUCAUCCUGAAGAGGGGAUACCACAAGAAUGUGCAGGAAUGAAUCUGAUCUCAAAGCCUGAAAACACCCUGCAGCAAAUGAACUCUUUCACAGGGAAGGCAUCCCACCUCCUGGCUUUGUUCACUGCUGUCCUCCGCUCCCCUGCAAGGAAUCAGACCGUACCCAGACACCAGCAGCCUCGGGCUUUGUGUGUGCUGGUGUUCCCAGUGCCACACCGCAGCUGCCGUCUGCCCGUUGGGUUUGAGAAGCAGCAGGUUUCUCCGUUUGCUGUCUCUUUUUGGCCUGGUGAGUUUAGAUCAGCGCCCGUGUCUUCGUCCAGGCUGAGUACCGAGUCGAUUAAAUGUGGAAUCGGCAAAGGAUCACAAAUAAAGCGCGUGAAACACUGA